GUUUGAGGUUAAGUCAAGAGAUGUUUUUGUCUUGUAAAGUAGCAUUUAUUGCUAAUUUCAAGCAUUUUUACACAAAACUAAAAGAAUAACUCUGUCAUUAUCAAAAAACGAUCCUUUUCUGUUCCAAGACAUGGCAGAGUCCGAAAUGCGAUCAAAAAAACUCGUCCAUGAGGGAUGUACGAUCUAUAAAGAAAAACCCUUUGUUUACGUCCUAAGUUCGAAAUUGCGGACGGAAUAUUGCGAUUCUUGUCUCAAAAAGGGGCAAUUUAUGAAAUGUUCUGGGUGCCACUAUGUGUAUUAUUGUGGAAAAGUGUGUCAAAAAGAAGGUUGGAGUGUGCAUAAAACAGAAUGUAGGAAUUUGAAACGAGUAGCCCCUAGGAUUUUACCGGAUGCGGCGAGGUUUAUCGCGAGAUUAAUUCAUGUUUUGAGGAAAGGGGGCGAUUUGGUCAAGUCUUAUUAUUUGGAAAAUUGUUUUAGGAUGUAUAAAGAUUUAAUGUCGCAUUAUCCAAACAUAAAAGGAGAUCACCAGAGAAUGGAACAUUUUACGUCACUGUGUGCAGUCUUAUUUGAUUUUUUAGGCGACGAUAGUCUUCCAAAUUCGGCUGAAUUGAUGGGAAUGUAUGGACGAAUGUGUAUAAACAGCUUUAACAUAAUUGAUCAAGAAUUACAAUGUAUAGGAACAGGAAUGUAUUUAGGAGCUUCUGUAAUUGACCAUUCGUGUAGUCCUAAUGCUGUAGCAAUUUUCGAUGGACCAGUUUUAUCCAUUCGCGCUUUACAAACUUUUCAGUAUUUAGAUUGGUCUCAGAUAAGAAUUAGUUAUAUUGACAUUUUAAACACAACGAAAGAUCGCCAAAAUGAAUUAGAAGCUGCUUAUUAUUUUUUAUGCAAAUGUCCCAAAUGUCUCGAACCUGAGCCACCUGAAAUAAACGCAGCUGCUUGUCCCAAUGAAAAGUGUGACAAUUAUAUCGAUGCAGAAAUUAUAACUCCUGGCGAAAAAUGCACGAAAUGUGACACAAUAAUAACAGAAUUAUUCUUAAAACGUUUCAAAGAAGUAGUUGAAUUUACCGAUUUGCAUUUACAAAACAUGAAACAGCUGGCUUAUUUUGACGUUUGUGAGAUUUGUUUGAAAAAACAAAAAGGUGUCUUACACAAAUUUAACGUAAAAUACGUCAAGACCCUCGAUUUGGCAUUUCAGUCGAGUAUUGACUUUCAAAAAUGGGAUUUUGCCAGAAAAUUCGCCCUUGAGCUCGUUGACGCUUUUUAUAAAUACUACGGACAAGUGCAUCCGAUAACUGGGUUAUUGCACUUGAAGUUGGGAAAAAUUCUGCUUUUUGAAGAAAAUGACAACUUGGCACUGGAACAUUUGACGAAGGCUUAUCAGAUUUUGAAAAUUACGCAUGGGAUUAGUAAUAAUUUGUUUAAAGAUGAGUUGGUACCAUUGAUGCAACAAGCACGGGCGGCAGUGACAAAUCAAAACGUUUAAGUAAAUUAGAAAAAAAAGUUUUUUAGUAACGAUUCAAGAAUAAACAAAAUUCGAUAUUUAUGUGUAUAAUUGGUUGCCUGUCUACCUCAUUUGGAAGGAUUUAAAUAAAAUUUGUUUUUUAUUUA